AUGGAGGCCGCUGACACGACCCCGAAGCUGGGUCUGGACGACAAGGCAGCCCAGCGCUUUGCUGCGUGGUACAAGUCCUUGCCCGACGCUCCAGGAACGAUAAGGAUCUUCGACCGCAAGGACCUGUGGACGGUGCACGGCGAGGAUGCGCUCUUCGUCGCGAAGCGCUUCUACCGCACCACCGCGGUCGUCAAGCACCUCGGGGGGGGGUCUGACUCGGGCCACCCCUGCGUGACGCUCAACCGCACCCUCCUCGACACCGUCCUCCGCGAACUCCUCAUCGAGGGCUCCGACCACCGCGUCGAGGUCUACGAGGGCUCCGGCAACGCCUGGACGCGCGUGAUCGAGGCGUCUCCGGGCCGCCUGGCAGCGCUGGAGGACGCAGGGCUGCUCAGGGCGGGCGACGGCGGCGCGGCGGGGACGCCCGGGGCCGCCGGGAGCGCGGGGAGCCCCGUCGUGGCCGCGGUCGCGCUGCACGUCGGCGCGGGGGAGCGCAAGCUGGGCGUGGCGUUCUGCGACGCCGGCGAGCGCCGGUUGGGGGCGUGCGAGUUCGCGGACGACGAGCACUUCUGCCAGCUCGAGGCGCUGGUCGCGCAGCUCGGGCCGAAGGAGUGCGUCGUGUCCGCCGCGCUGCCGGACACGCUGGACGUGCGGCGGAUGCGCGAGGUGCUCGAGCGCAGCGGCGGGCUCGUCACCACGGCGCCCAAGGCGACCUUCAGCGCGGCCAACGCCGAGGACACCGUCGCGAAGCUGUGCCGGGACUCCGGCGGCGCGGUCGGCGUCGAGCAGCACCGCCCCGUCCUCGACCGCCCCCUGGCGACCGAGGCGCUGUGCGCGGUCGUCGCGUUCCUUGACUUGCAAGCCAGCGCGGGCGGGCGGCGCUACACGCUGGGGCUGCACGACCUGAACCGGUACAUGCGACUGGACGGCGAGGCGCAGCGCGCGCUGAACGUGAUGAAGACGCGCACCGACGCCAACGACAACUUCUCGCUGCACGGCCUGCUGGACCGCGCCAGGACCCCCAUGGGGAAGAAGCUGCUGCGCACGUGGCUGAAGCAGCCGCUCCUGGACCUGGAGGAAAUCGGACGCCGCCACGACGUCGUGGAGGCCAUCGUCACCGACUCGGAGCUGCGUUCGAUCCUUCGCGACACGCACAUGCGCGGGGUCCCCGACAUCGACCGGCUGUGUCGCAAACUCGAGCGGCGCAAGGCGACACUCGCGGACCUGUGCCAGCUGUACCGCGCGUCCUCCAAGGUCCCGCUGAUCGCGGACGCGGUGCGCAACGCGGCGGAGGGCGGCGCGGUGGGCGCCGAGGCCCUGGUGUCGCGCUUCGCGGAGCCCCUGGAGCGGGCGCACGGUCGGGAGCACCUGCAGAAGUUCGAGGCGCUCCUGGAGGCCGCGGUGGACCUCGACAAGAUCCCGGAGGAGUACGUCAUCUGCCCCAAGUACAACCGCGCGCUGCAGGAGAUCGCCGACGAGAAGGAGCAGGUGGAAGCGGAGAUCCAGCGGCUCCUGGAGGCCGCGGCGGGCGACCUGAGCCUCGUCGUGGACAAGGGCAUCAAGCUCGAGUGGCACAAGGCGAACAACGUGCGGACGCGGUGCUUCCGCAUCACGCAGAAGGAGGAGAAGGCGUGCCGCAAGCGCCUGCAGUCCGGCCCGUACGUCACGCUCGAGACGCGCAAGGACGGCACCAAGUUCACCAACCCCGGGCUGCGCAAGGCAGCGCUGCACCUGCAGAACCUGACCGCGGGGUACGAGAAGCACCAGAAGGAGAUCGUGGACCAGGUCGUGGAGGUCGCCGCGACCUUCGUCGAGGUCUGGGAGGGCGUCGGGUCGGUGCUGGCCGAGCUGGACGUGCUCGCCAGCUUCGCGGAGGUGUCCGCCUGCGCCCCGACGCCCUUCGUGAGGCCGGACAUGCGCCCCGCCGACGACGGCGACCUCGUGCUGAAGGGGUCGCGGCACCCGUGCGUGGAGGCGCAGGAGGGCGUGGAGUUCAUUUCGAACGACUGCGUCAUGCGCCGGGGGGAGUCUUGGUUCCAGAUCAUCACGGGGCCGAACAUGGGCGGGAAGUCGACGCUGAUCCGCCAGGUCGGCGUGUGCGUGCUCAUGGCGCAGGUGGGCUGCUUCGUGCCGUGCGCCGAGGCGCGCAUCCCCGUCCGCGACGCCAUCUUCGCCCGCGUCGGGGCGGGGGACUGCCAGAUGCGGGGGGUCUCGACCUUCAUGGCCGAGAUGCUGGAGACCGCGUCCAUCCUCAAGGGCGCGUCCUCGCGGUCCCUCGUCAUCAUCGACGAGCUCGGCCGCGGCACCAGCACCUACGACGGCUUCGGGCUCUCGUGGGCUAUCAGCGAGCACCUCAUGACGACGAUCGGGUGCCCGACGCUUUUCGCCACGCACUUCCACGAGCUGACUGCGAUCCAGGGGCCCGUGGGCGUCGCGAACCGGCACGUCGCCACCAGCGUCGACAAAGAGACAGGCCGGCUGACGAUGCUGUACCAGGUCCGCGACGGCCCGUGCGACCAGUCGUUCGGCAUCCACGUCGCGGAGUUCGCGUCGUUCCCCGCCGAGGUCGUAGCCGCGGCGCGUGCCAAGGCCGCCGAGCUGGAGGACUUUUCUACCGCGGGGCCACCGCUGAAGCGGGCGCGCACGGACGGCGACGCCGAGGGCGACGCGGACCGCGCGGCGGGGCUGAAGGCGGCGCGCGCCGCGGUGGCGGAGUUCCGGGCGCUGCCGCUUGCGGACGCUGCGCCCGGGGACGUGGUGGCCAAGGCGGGGGCGCUCGUGGAGAAGCUGCGCGAGAGCGCGAAGGACUCGCGGUGGCUCGCUGCGCUGCUGGAGCCCGCGGCGCAGGCGUGCUGA